AUGAAAAACUUAGAGUUUCAUUUCACCGUAUAUUUGUUUGUAUAUUUUGCAUUAUUGUAUGAUACUUUUUCCACGAUUGACAUUAAUUUGAGUCAAUUGGAAUAUCUUGCUGCACGUUUAGAUCCAUUCGAAUGUCGACGUCUUAUUGCUGCCCUACAUUACACGUCAUAUGAAUUGCCGAUGAAUUUGGCGGCAGCAGUUCAUUGGAACAGUUCUCCAAAUGAAGGUCUUGGUCAAAGCCAUGAAGCCUUAGUUCAUCGACUUCGUCAAUUGAAUCGCAAUGACUUAGCUGAUUGGCUUGGAAAAUCUACGUUUAAACAACUUGGAAUGGAUAUGGAAAGAAUUAUGAAUCGAUCAUUUGAUAAAUUAAGCGAACAAGAAAUUGAGACAUAUUAUCCAUUAACAAUUGAUCCAAUUGAGAAUCCUGGAAACGAUGAUUUUUGGUCUCAAUUAAAUAUCAUCUUAUUGGCAAUAAUGUUAGGUUUAAUGGGAACUUUAUUAACAUUAAUAGGAUAUAUUAUUUUUUAUAUAAUCAAAGUGCGUUUACGUAGAACAAAAUACAGGUAA